GAGAGGAGCGAAGGGCCGCAGGGUGGGCAGGAGGGGACGAGGGACAAAGCCCAGAAAGACGGUUUCCAAGGGCUCUGAGGAGUAUCUAGUGCCUCCCCCUUAGAAACCGCCAUUUGUCGCUGCUGCUGGAGGCUCAGGGGAGGAUGACUGGGCUGGAGCUGCUCUGCCAGGUCUGCGCCCUCGCCCUCUUCGCCAGUGCCGCUGCCAGCGACCCCUUGGAGGAGCAGGAAGCUGUGCGUUACCUGCUGCAGUUCGGGUAUUUGCAGAAGCCGCUGGAGAGGUUGACGGAGGAGUUCACCAACGCCGAGCUGACCCCGGCCAUGAGGUCUUUCCAGCUGGCCUCCGAGCUGCCCGCCACCGGCCUCCUGGACGAGGCCACCCUGGCACAGAUGAGACAGCCGCGCUGCGGGGUCCAGGACCCCUUCAACCAGAAAACCCUCAAGUACCUGCUCCUGGGCCGCUGGCGCAGGAAGAACCUGACCUACCGGAUCUACAGCUCCAUGCCGGACAUGGAGGCCAGCGCUACCCGCCGGGCCAUCCAGGCCGCCUUCCGGUACUGGAGCGACGUGGCCCCUCUGACCUUCCGGGAGGUGCGACACGGCACGGCCGACAUCCGCCUCUCCUUCCACGGUGCCUACUCCUGGACCUGCUCCCGCCCCUUCGACGGACCUGGGAAGGUGCUGGCUCACGCCGACAUCCCCGAAGAGGGCACGGUGCACUUCGAUGAGGACGAGCUGUGGACGGAGGGGACGUACCGUGGCGUCAACUUGCGCAUCAUUGCGGCCCACGAGAUCGGGCACGCCCUGGGGCUGGGCCACUCCCGCUACCCCUCCGCCCUCAUGGCCCCCGUCUAUGGUGGCUACCGGCCCCACUUCCGCCUGCACUUCGAUGACAUCGACGGCAUCCGGGCCCUGUAUGGCAAAAAGACUCCGGCAGUGACGCUGUCUGGGACCCUGCCGAGCCUGUCGCCCACCUCCCCCAGCCGGCCGCCCGCCAAGGUGCCCGACCCCUGCACCAACGGCUUGGAUGCCCUGAUGUUCGGCCCUUAUGAGCAGACCUACGCCUUCAAGGGUGGCUAUGUCUGGACCGUGACGGAUUUCGGGACCGGCCCCCUGAAGGAGAUCCAGGCCCUGUGGAAGGGACUCCCGGAGCGGCUGGACGCAGCCGUGCACUCCCCCCGCACCGGCAGGAGCUACUUCUUCAAAGGUGACAAGGUCUGGCGGUACCGAGGCUUCCAGCUGGACCCCGGCUACCCCAAGGCCCUGACCCGCGUCCCGGCCAAGAUCGACGCUGCCUUCUACUGGCCAGGGAACAAGAAGAUUUUCCUCUUCAAGGGCACCGGCUACUGGCAGUGGGACGAGCUGGCCUGGAGCGACUUCAGCAGCUACCCCCAGAAGAUCUCCAAGCUGUUCACCGGGGUGCCCUCCCACCUGGACGCGGCCGUGGUCGGGGAGAACGGCCGGGUCUAUUUCUUCCAGGGGGGCCAGUACUGGCGGGUCAACACCCAGCUGCGGGUGGAGAAGGGCUACCCGUUGAGCACGGCCGAGCGCUGGAUGCACUGCGAGGCCUAG